CAUGUGCUCCGAUUGGUCCGUGAUGCCUGUCGGUCAUUUUUUUUCUAUCGCCCUCUCAUAAUGCAGCAUGGGCGAAAAUACCAGACUGAAGAGCUUUAUCUGAGGAAGCAGACCCUUCUACUCUAAAUUAUUUUGUCCCGUUAAGCGAAAGUGAUGUUCCAACAAUGCCGAUAGUGGAUAAACUCAAGGAGGCUUUAAAACCUGGUCGAAAGGAUGCAGGCGACGAUGGUGACCUCAACAAGCUAUUGGCCUCUUCUGCUAAGAAGGUCCUUUUGCAGAAAAUAGAGUUUGAGCCUGCCACCAAGGGGUUCUCCUAUCAGCUCGACAGCCUAAAGAACAAGUAUGUGAUCCUCAAUCCUAGGACUGAGGGUGCUACAGCGCAGAAAGCCACAGAGCCUUCUCAAAUUAAGAGGCAAGUCUCAGAGAAUGUGGUCGGGGGCCAGAGUGAUGGGAUCCCUGCUCCGCAGAAGAUGCUGUUUCCAGGGAACAAGAUUGCCCUUAAGUGGGAGCGUGUGUACAGGGUGGGAGCCGGCCUCCACAACCUUGGAAACACCUGCUUCCUCAAUUCCACAGUGCAGUGUCUCACCUACACGCCACCACUUGCCAACUACUUACUCUCAAAGGAGCACAGCCGUGUCUGUCACCAGUCAGGCUUUUGUAUGAUCUGUGUAAUGCAGAACCAUAUCAUCCAAGCCUUCGCCAACACAGGCAACGCCAUUAAGCCGGUCUCCUUCAUCAGAGACCUAAAAAAAAUUGCCAGACAUUUUCGCUUUGGCAGUCAAGAGGAUGCCCAUGAAUUUUUGCGGUACACCAUUGAUGCCAUGCAGAAAGCCUGUCUCAAUGGAUAUCCUAAGCUCGACAGGCAAACCCAGGCCACAACAUUGGUUCACCAGAUCUUUGGAGGUUACCUCAGGUCAAGAGUAAAAUGCUCUAUUUGUAAAAGUGUGUCAGACACAUAUGACCCUUACUUGGACAUCGCUGUUGAGAUACGGCAAGCAGCAAACAUAGUGCGAGCUUUGGAGCUGUUUGUUAAGCCAGACGUUUUAAGUGGAGAGAAUGCCUACAUGUGUGCCAAGUGCAAAAAGAAAGUGCCAGCCACCAAACGCUUCACAGUCCAUCGAACAUCUAAUGUACUCACCCUUUCACUGAAGAGGUUUGCCAACUUCAGCGGUGGAAAGAUAACAAAGGAUGUCGGUUACCCAGAAUUCCUGAACAUCCGCCCUUACAUGUCUCAGAGCUCAGGCGAUCCUGUUAUGUACGGCCUCUAUGCUGUUCUGGUGCAUUCUGGCUACAGUUGUCAUGCUGGACACUACUACUGCUAUGUGAAGGCAAGCAACGGACAAUGGUACCAAAUGAAUGAUUCAAUGGUGCACUCAAGUAACAUCAAAGUGGUCUUGAACCAGCAGGCUUAUGUGCUUUUCUACUUGAGGAUACCUGAAACCAAGAAAAAUGCAGAUGGGCAGACCACCAAGCAGGGGAUGUUGCAUUCCGGGAAGAAUACUGCACCAUCGGAACAGAUAAAGAGGGCCAACCUGAAUGGACCUCUCUCUUCCCCACAGGUGAAAAAGAAACUUGAGCCAGCCCAGCUGCGCAAGAUCCAAUCGAUGGAUGGUGGUUUGGGUUUGCCCAUUUCCAGGAAUGGUGUGAGCACUCAGCCGCAGGCCAAACUGUCCAACUGGACGUCUUCCUCCAAUGGUCCACCAAAGCUGCCGGGUGGACCCACAGUUAUCGAGGAACCUUUCAAGAAGGUGAAAAAGCCCUCCCCACAGAGCCAGGCACCAUCCCGCAGUAGCACUCCAACCCCUUCCAACAAUGGGGUCAGCAGAACGGAGGGGGAGAAAAAACAAGGUGGAGAAGGCAGAGGCAUGGCAGCGUCUACCUCAUUUAAGUCUUUGUCUGAUUCUUCCUCUGCCGACACCACUGACUCAAAGGACUCCAUUGGCCCCAAAAGUGCACCAGUAGGAGAGACUCCCUCUACUCCUCGGAAAAGCUCCAGCGGCCUGGCGUCUCCAGCAAGGAGCGUGGAGCGCUCUCAGAGCACAGAGGAGCAGAAGACGGCAAAAAUUAAACCCCCAGCCCUCGGCAACAUCACAUCUGAAGCCACCAGCACCAUGUCACCUCCACCUGCCAAGAAACUUGCCCUGUCAGCCAAGAAGGCUCGCAGCCGGAGUCCGAGCAGCAUUGAUGUUCUGCCCCGUUUGCCGUCCAGUGACCCCAUGCAUCAAAAUCAACUUAACUCCCUCACCUUUGUCUCACCCACUCACACUCACAGAGCUGCAAUCAUCCAGUCAUCACCUUUAGCCCAUUCCAGUGGAUCCUUCAAAUCGCAGAGCCCUCAGAAACAGUCCCCCCUCUCCACACUGCAAAAGCCAAGCAUCAGCUUUCACCUUAAAACAAACGGCCUUCAUUGUCCAGGCCCAAAGAGUCCCAAGUCUUCCAACAACCUUAACUCUGUGGUUCAAGAGCCAGACCUCGACGACCCUCCAGCUCAAAACGUCAAACAGAAGAAGAAGAAAAAGAAGCGACGACAUUCUGAGAUAGCGGUUGUUCCAGAGCCAGUAACAUCUCCAGCUCCAAAGACACAGUGCAGCACUGCAGAGGCUGAUAGUGAGAAGAAGCACAAGAAGAAAAAGAAGAAGCGAAAGAGGCCGAACGAAGAUGGAGAGGAAGUGAAGGAUCGGGCGUGUGUCCCGUCUCAUUUGGACACGUCAAACCAGGAGGAGGAUUGGUGUCAGGGUGGCAUGUGGAGUUUGACCCCCCAGGCCAGUGCAGAAGAGUCUAAGCAAAAGCCUCAGCUGUUUGCCACAAAUCCAACAGAGCGUGAGUCAAACCAGAACGAGCAGCAAACGGAUUCUGUGUUGAAGAAGAAGAAAAAGAAGAAAAAGAAAGAGAAUGUAGUUCAAUCAGGAGAGGCAUUGCAGGAUACAACAUCUGCACGCUCUACACCAGAAAGCAGUUCUGAGAUGAAGCCCACAGGCAGUCAGAAUGAUACAGGGGAUUUGAUAAUGUUAAAAAAGAAAUUACAAAUGAAGAAGAAGAGGCUAAAAGAGGAGAUGCGACAGUGGGAGGAGAGCAAGCGUCCUGAUGCUGAGACUGAAGCAGUGGAGCCCCCGUCCAAAAAGAAGACGAGCGAUCGAGAGAGAAUAAAUAAAGAGAGCACAGCCACAGUGGUAGUGUGGGACAGCCAAGUGAAGGAUGGCUACAAACGCAGCGUGGCACCAGCAGCUGAUGGAAGUACAUCAAAUGGCCCGACCCGUUCUGCACCCAUAACUUGGGAUGGGAAAAAGACAAGUAAUGUGGUGGAAGAGCUGCUCAGGAACGCUUCGGAUAAAGCCUAUGGAGCCAGCGUCCUCAGCUGGGAUGGUGAGGUCUCUACUGUAAGUAGAGAUGCCACUGAAGAUGCCCGCAAUGCCAAAUAUGAUACUGUGAUUGACGAAUGGGAUGAAGACUUCGACAGGGGAAAGGUGAAGAAAGUAAAGCACUAUAAAAGAGAGAAGUGGAGAGGCGGCAGCAGCAUCUUCCAGAAGAUCCAGGACAGGCGGAAUAAGUGGUCUGUAACACCCGGAGGGAAGAGAGUUUUUGGAGUCCGACGCUGAGAGUCCAGAUUGCUGCUGAAGUCUUGCUGGCUUGAAAUUGAGACAAAAAUACUGCAUACCAGACUCAUGUACUUUCUUUCUCUUGUUUUAAUCUGUCUUGUUUUAAAUUCCCCCUAUUCAAGAAUAAGAUAUGUGCCAAAAGAAGCACACACGACUGCACUGACAGUCUGACAACCCUACACUUAAACAAACCAGCUGAAUUUCAUCAUCUCCCUUGUAGAUGCUACAGUGCUAGGCUUAAGGUUUUCUGUGCAUUCAGUAUUUAAGUCCUUACAUGCUGUUGUCACAUCAGUAUCAUGCUAUGUUUGCAUCCUUUGAGCCUCUGCGUUUGCCCCGAAAAUGUGCUACUGUGGAGGGAAAAAAAAAAAGAUUUACGGUAAUUGUGAAAGCUAGCCUUGCUGUGCUGAAAACUGUGCACUGUCUGUGAGCAUACUUUUACAGACAGACGUAAGGGCUUAGUAAGUUAGAUAUGAAAACACACAAAAAAGUGACCUUUUAAAAAAUGUAAUUGUUCUAUGCCAAAUUA